AUGGAUGAUAUGUCGAAAGUUUCAAAUAUCAAGAAACUUGAUGCCCAGCCGAAUCCAAAAGUUGCUGCAGAAUCAACCGCUACUGAGGCCGGUCCUUCAACAUCGACAGCAACUGGUUCAACCCCUAAGCACAAAUAUUGUAUCAGACCAAGGAAUAAGAAAAUUGAGGCGGUUAAGCAGCCGCCGGCAAGGCCCAAAACAAAUCGUCGCAAAACUAAGCAGCCUUUGUUUGAUAAAUAUGGGGUUCACAUCAAAUCUGGGACGGAUUUGUGCGAUUGCCUGACUCCAGAUUGUGUGGGCUGCUUCUUCGACUGUCCUAAAUGCGGAUCUCCAAAGUGUGGUACCACUUGCAGGGUUAACCGUAAAUUUAUCGUUACAAGUGUUGAGGCUCAGGGUAAGAGCUACAACUACAAACGUAAAAAUACACUGCAAAAAUAA